AUAUCCAAUUCCUAGUGCUUUAUGGAAGAGGUCAAGGAGCACCCAUACGUCAUCCAAUGCGAGGCAGCUAAGCCGCUAAUUGUCGACACCUUUAAAUUUUUGUAUGACUUGGACUUUCUAGAAUCACAGGCCGACGAGCUUACAACACCGCCCUUAGCAAUGCCGAGGUUGCCGCACGAGGUCAUCUUUGCUAUUGGAGGUUGGAGCGGUGGCACAUCAAAGGGUUGCAUAGAAACAUAUGAUACUCGAGCAGAUCGCUGGGUGAACAUCAACGCCGAGGAUCCUGCAGGGCCUCGCGCGUAUCACGGAACAGCAGUUUUGGGAUUUAAAAUUUAUUCAAUCGGAGGCUACGAUGGUGUUGAGUACUUCAACACCUGUCGCGUAUUUGACGCCGUAAAAAAGAAGUGGAGCGAAAUUGCACCGAUGCACUGUCGUCGUUGCUACGUAAGCGUGACGGAGCUAGACGGAAUGAUCUAUGCAAUCGGCGGCUACGACGGACACAACCGUUUAAACACCGUUGAGCGGUAUAAUCCAAAAACCAAUCAGUGGACAAUUAUCCCGCCGAUGAACAUGCAACGAUCCGAUGCCAGCGCCUGUACCCUGCAAGGGCGUAUCUAUGCCACCGGUGGAUUUAAUGGGCAGGAGUGCCUGGAUAGUGCCGAGUACUACGAUCCAAACACCAACGUGUGGACGCGAAUUGUUAACAUGAACCAUCGGCGGUCUGGAGUAAGUUGUGUAGCAUUCCGCGGUCACCUGUAUGUUAUCGGGGGUUUCAAUGGCACCGCUCGGCUCUCCACUGGGGAGCGAUUCGACCUGGAAUCACAGACUUGGCACUUUAUUCGGGAAAUGAAUCACUCACGUAGCAAUUUUGGAUUGGAAAUAAUCGACGACAUGAUCUUUGCAAUCGGCGGCUUUAAUGGAGUCUCCACCAUUUCGCACACUGAGUGCUACGUACCUGAAUCGGAUGAAUGGAUGGAGGCCACCGAUAUGAAUAUCGUCCGUUCUGCCCUGUCCGCCAAUAACGUAGCUGGUCUUCCUAAUAAGCGCGACUACAUACACAAGGAGCGAGACCGUCUGAUGGAAGAGAGGCGCCAGAGACUUAUGGCAACCGCCUUGGCCCGAGAUGAUAUCGGGCAUGGUAGCCCCGGAAACUCACUUGUGGAAACUAGCGACGCGGCUAUAGAUGACUACGAAAGCCCCAAUGAUGACGAAGAUGUUGAAGAGCAGCGGCCACAACAGGAUUUUAUAGCAAAUCCUGCAGGUCCUGGGCUUACACCGGCCGUAGUCCACGGCUUGGGACAUCCUCAGCCUGCAGCCCCGCAUCUUAACAGGCUUCUGGAAGAGCGAGAUAUUGAGAACAAUCGGCGCUUUCGGGUGCAGCUGCGUAAUCAGCGCUAUGGUUCGCAUCAUGAGAUUCGUCGUCGCGCCUAGAAAUUGGCGCGGUAGGCAUGCUCCAGGCUGAGUCUAAGCCCUUAAUCAUUCCCGAUUUGCCAAGUCUUUCCAAGCAGAAAUAAAAACCGCACAUUAGAAGAAGCGUAAGCAUGGCCAAAGAUAUAUUUUAGGUGCUUAAGUCCUGCAUCGUAGCCCACGUAAACUGAAACCGUUUUCUAUAAGUCGCACAAAAGUCGAUCUUCAGUAUUUUUCAUAUAAUAUUGAAACAUCUUUUGACCAAAUUUCAGUUACUCAAAAUUUAACGGAAUAUUUAUAUUCAAAUAAAAUAUUUCUUAUAAUUAAGAA